AUGACUUUAAACUUUGUAUGGAAAGCAUGGGAAGGAGAUAUCUGGCGCAAAUCUUUAAGGAAUUUAUCCUUUAUAGCAAACACUUCUAGUAAUACGCGACGAAAUUUGAAAUUGCAAUACAGAAAGUUAGACUCUCGAACUUUAUAUAAUUCUAAUAAAAAUUCUAAUGUACAAACUCAUCAAUCAAUUCGUGUUAAACAACAUACUGGUAGAUUCUUACGUUCUAAACUAACCAUAAUUAGUUUUCCUCCUGACGAAAAAAACGAAUCAUCCAAAAUAUCUAAUGAACCGAAAAUGACAUACGAGCACUUACCAUUACGUUCCAUUAAAAAAACCUCAAUUAAUGACUUAAUUUUAGAAGGAAAAAGACAAAUGAUUAAGGCAUUUAUGCCAAAAGGAUAUCCAGAUUCAGUUACUAAAAAUUACUGGGGAUUUGUAAAAUGGCAAUUCCUUCAUAAUGUAGCAGGAUCAGUUACGGGAGUUCUGUCGACGCAGUCCUUGCUAUACGCUAUGGGACUUGGAGCAAAGUCAAUUCCUCUCGCUGCAGCAUUGAAUUGGAUCAUUAAAGAUGGUUUAGGUCAAUUAGGCGGUGUAAUUUAUGCCGCGUUCAUUAGUGACCGUUUUGAUUCUGAACCAAAACGUCAUCGCUUUCAAGCAACUGUCGCAAUGCAAAUUGCUUCAAUCUUGGAAUUAUUGGCUCCAUUAUGGCCGGGCUCGUUUUUGCUAAUUGCUUCAAUUUCAAAUAUAGGUAAAAAUAUUGCAUGGUUAGCUGGGUCUGCAACAAGAGCACAGAUGCAUAAAACAUUCGCGUUAAGAGAUAAUUUAGGAGACAUUACCGGAAAGUCAGGAUCGCAAACUACGGCAGCAAGAACGGCACUUGGUGUUGUCAUAAGCGGUACUAUCACCAAAUAUAAUCCAGAUAUUACUGCUGCAACAUCUGCCGUUCAACCUAUUAUUCCAAUCUUUCUUGCGUUUGGUCCAUUUUCAUUUUUCAACAUUUAUGGUAAUUAUAGAUCUAGUCUCUAUGUAACUACUAGUACCUUAAAUGUCCCACGUGCAGAAAUGAUUCUAUAUGGCUUGUUAAAUCAACUUGAUGGAGCAACAACAUUGUCAAAGAUCAAGUGUGACAUUAGAGAUCUUAUAUCGUCGCCAAAAAAAGUUUCAUCUGAGGAGAUAUUUGUUGGACGUUAUCAUUCUCCAUUUGAAAUACCAUUGGAAAUAGAACCAGCUUUGCAUCAUUAUACUUCUAAAAAGCAUGUCCAUGAUUUGCAUGCUGCGUUGAAACAAAAGGGGUUACUUCACUCUGAGGAAUACUUCCUUUUACAUGUUCCUUAUCACCAUUUGUUUGGCAAUUUAAGGAAAAUGAAACGUCCUAUACAACAAAAUUCUCACCGACAUAAACACCAUACUCAGCUGCCUGGUAGCAGACAACAUCUUUCAUUAUGGUUUUCGCAAAAUGCUAACACUAGAGACAUGAUUAAGGGAUUUUGUCACGCAUGUGCGAUUAGACAUGCUCUGGAAUAUGUCGAUCCUGCUACGUCCGAAGAUAAAGAUCAAGUGUUAGAUAUUAUCCGAGAUACUCAUAUCUUAGUGGAGAAUUCAUUUGAGAGUCUUAUUAGUGCACUUGAGAGUAAAGAGUGGGAAACUGAACAUGUUUUCUUUACAGAAAGAGAUGAUGGAAGACUAUUUGUUGAAAAAUAA